AUGUGGCAUCAACGUCUCGGCCACAUGAGUGAGAAAUGGUUGCGAAUUUUGGUGAGGAAGCUUCACAUCCCCUCAACCAAAGACGAAGUUCUUGAUCUAUGCGACUACUGUCCAUUUGGUAAGCAACACAACGUCUCUUUUAAUCAAACAUCAAAAUGGAAACAUAAUGUGCUGUACUUGGUUUAUUAUGAUGUGUGUGGUCCUUUUGAGGAUGAGUCAUUAGGUGGCAAUCGAUACUUUCUAACAUUUAUUGAUGAUGCAUCUAGAAAGGGGGAGCAACAUCAUCAAGAGGAGCCAGAAGAGCCCCCAUUAAGAAGGUCUAAAAGAGAGUACCAACCUUCUAAAAGGUACCAUUCUUCAGAGUAUAUCAUAUUGACAGAAGAAGGAGAGACAAAAUGUUUUCAGGAUGCACAAAUUCAUAAAGACAAAGCUAAGUGGAAGAAUGCAAUGAAAGAUGAGAUAAAGUUAUUGCAAGAAAUGGGCACAUAUGAGCUGGUGGAACUUCCUAAGGGCCGAAAGGAAGGGGUGCUCCUAGGUGGUGAUGGCACCAAGGACGUCGUAGGAAUUCUCCCUACAUCCGCUGACAAGGUUGGAGAAAUCUGGGGAGCCGUGUCAUGGAAAUCCAAGUUGCAAAAAUGCAUGGCUUUGUCAACAACAGAAGCAAAUUACAUUGCAGCAACUGAAGCUGAAAACGAACAAGAACUUGUUAUAAAAGCAGCAUCAAAUGGAAAAGAAAAGGAAGGAGAUCAAUCGCAAGAAGCUAUACAAGAAAAAUCAAGAACAGAAGAGUUGUCCGAGCUACAAAUGGAGAUGAAUAGGAUGAAAGAGGAGAACAAGGCAUUGAAACUGGCGAUUGAACAAUCAAUGAAUAAUUUUUAUGAUUUGAAGAUGAAGUUUGAUUCCGUACAAUGCCAGAAUACCCAAAACAAUGAUCCUAGAAUAUUUUUUCCGGCAGCAGCGACUGACGAGCUGAAAACAAGUUCUAGGGUUGCGGUGUCGAAUUCACCAUCGAGGGAAGAAGAAGACGAGAAAGAAAAUGAUGAAUUAGGAUUGUCUUUGGGAAUGAUAACACAUACACUUAGCCAACCGAGACGAGAAGAAGAAAGGUUAGAACAUGAUACUAAUCAUAACAAUAAUAAUAAAGAAGAAAACAAGAGGUUUGUUUCAAUUCAAAGGGGUGAUCAUUUGGCGGCUGCUGCGAAUAUUGUUGCUCCGCCCAAUAGGAAAACUAGGGUUUCCGUAAGAGCAAGAUGCGAGACGGCCACGAUGAACGAUGGAUGUCAAUGGAGAAAAUACGGACAAAAAAUUGCUAAAGGAAACCCUUGUCCUCGAGCCUAUUAUCGAUGCACAGUGGCACCGGGAUGUCCUGUUAGAAAACAAGUUCAAAGGUGUUUGGAAGACAUGUCAAUACUAAUAACCACAUACGAGGGAACACAUAACCACCCGCUUCCUGUCGGGGCAACUGCGAUGGCAUCAACAACGUCGGCAUCAACACCGUAUGUAUUGUUGGACUCGAGCAAUCCCAUCUCUAUCGAUAGCAUGCAAAACUUUUCACAAUCCUCGUUUCCAUAUAUGAAUUCUCCCAUGAUAAGCAAUCCAAUGACCCCGUAUCUAAACAUGCGAAACAUAAACCCUAGUGGAAAUUUCGUUGAAGCCCAACAGUUUCAUCCCAAUGGAACAACUCAUCAAGCAUAUCCUUGGGCACCCACAAUAGUAAAUGCUCAAAAUAAUGUUCGCGACAACUUUUUCAAUAGUCAUAAGGAGGUAAACGAGAUAAAUGCAAGUUGGAGAGGCGGAGAGGGUACUACGAGUGAUAAUAAGGCAUUGGCCGAGAAUGUAAGUGCAAUUACGUCUGAUCCAAAUUUUAGGGUUGCUGUAGCGGCGGCUAUUUCAUCAUUGAUUAACAAACAAACCAAUCAAAGUAGUCCCGAAAAUAUUCCUAGUGGCUCAUCUUUAGUCCCUAAACAAGGAGACGAGGGUGGAUCAGGGAGUGAUACUAAGAAUUGGGUUCUCGAAUCUUGCCCUACGGGUGUACCACCCGUCAAACAUUCGCAAUGAAUGUAUAAUUUCAAAUGAUUUUAUAGCUACAAUUUGUAUUUAAUAUAGUUUGAUGGAUUAUUAGAAA